AUGGCCGAGAGGAACAGGAUCCUGGCCCAAGGGCCAGGCCUGCAGGGCGGCUUCCCCAGUCCAUCCAAACCUCACCUGCUGGAGGCAAUGCUGAGGGCUCACGUGGAGGCCAACGAGCCAGCAGAGAUGGGCAGCUCAGAGGACAGCAGGCCCAGGACCCACCCCGAGAAGACGGCUGGACUCUCCAGGAAGGACAGCCGGGCUGAGGAGAUGCUGUUACGGCGGCAGGUCACCGAACUGCAGGAAGAGUUCAGGAGGCAGGAGUCUCGGUGGUCUGCGGCUCAUGGCACACUCCAGGCCCAGAUAGAUGCUCUGAUGAAACAGAACCUGGAGCUGCGGGAUGGACUCAGAGCCUCAGAGCUGCAGCGACUAGAAGCCAAAAAGACGCGUGCGGCCUCCCUUCACGAGAGAAGGAAAUCAGACGCUCUGGUAUCAGAAUCUACUUUUGGAAAAAUUCCACCUCUGUCAGCUGAUGAAGAAAUAACACCCAAACCAGCUGGCCGCAGAAGUCAGAAUGUUACUUUCAUAGGACAAAGGCUGUCAUCUAAAAAUGUAACUUCCUCCCAGCCAAUAAAUAUAAAGAUAGAAAGAGCUGACUCAGGGAAAAGAAUAUCAUAUGGAGACGGAGAUAAAACUCUUUCCAGAAGUCUCCAAAUCAGAAGUGCAAUGAUUACUGGGAGGGAUAUUCCCUCUGAAGAAACACCAACUGCCUUUGAGGAUGAAAAGGCUGCACACCAAUCUUCCCGAAGUCUGCACAAAUCAAGCGGCAGAAAGUCCCCGGUGCCAGCUGCUCAUGUUGCGGCGCUCAAGGAGGACAAGCCAGCAGCGGACGGAAACGAUGUGUGCCCAUCGCCCUCCCAGAGUUCUGAGGGCAGGUUUCCUACCCCGGCUCAGGCUGAGGAGUGCACUGGGUCUUCCCUGAACACUGCCGAGCCCCAGGUGGAGCAGGCACUUGGCGACAGCUGUAAAGUCAUCCCCUUCUCCAAAGGCGUGGAGAAGGACACCCGCGCUGAUAAGAAGACCACCAUCCUGCGGUUUUUCAAUGGAGACGUGAAGAAGAUCCUACCAGACCAGAGAGUGAUUUAUCGCUCCGCGCGUGCUCAGACGACGCACACACCCUAUCCCAGUGGCUUGGAAGUUGUGCAGUUUCCUAACAAGUGGACAGAAAAGUUCUAUCCUGAUGGCUCAAAGGAAAUCAUGUUUCCGGAUGGGACCAUGAAACGUCUCAAUGAUGGACGUGAAGAGACUGUAUUUCCUGAUGGGACAACUGUGAGUGUGGAAAGGAACGGCAACAGAACCAUCGUAUUCAGCAACGGGCAGAAGGAAAUUCACACAGCCCAAUUCAAGAGAAGGGAAUACCCCGAUGGCACCAUCAAGACUGUGUAUUGCAAUGGCCACCAGGAAACCAAGUAUGCCUCUGGGAGGGUUAAGAUCAAAGAUGAGACUGGGAACAUCAUCCUGGACAAGAAGUAGAUCAUCCCUCAAAAUACAACAUUGUGUGUGAAUUCUAAUUACAUUUUUUGUUAGAACAGAAACAAAAAGCUAAUAAUAUAUUCACUGCCCCAAAUAAUGGAGACCCACACAAAAGUUUUGGAUUACCCAAGUCAUCUAGAAAUUGUAAAGGAAGACACACCCUAGUCCCUGGGCUUCCUGGUUAGGAAAAGUGGUUAGAUCAAUACUGGUCAGAGAAUGGGAGGCUGAAAGAAUGACUUCCAGCAGGCAGGACUGCUUCCUCUUUGCUCAUCGCAAGAACCAGCUCUGUCAUGUGCUGGGCCCAGGAGGGCAGAGAAUGAAGCCUGGUGCUCAGCAGGGCAAGCCCCUCUGGCCAGCUGAUUGACAGGCGCUGGGCUCCUCUUACGCGGUGCAGUGUGUCCUUAGCCCGC